AUGUUGAAGCCCUUCCAAAUCAGAAACCUUCGGGUACCCACUGAGCACCAACCCGAGCAGCCUGCCGAUUCUCGUACUUCCUCAGGGGUGGUCCAGAUCUCUGCUACAGAUUACGAUGAUUUAGCGUCAAAACAUCCCCGCGCAAGGCUGACUUAUAUGGAUGACGAUGAUGAUGAAACAAUCACCGUUGGAUCCGCUCUCGAACUCUCUCAGUGCCUUGAGGAGCCCCUAGACCUUAAUGCACAGCUUGAGUCCGUUGAGCAUUCUCUCGAUGACAUCAGUCCGAUGCACAUAUUUGAUAUUCGUCGAUCAAACUCCGUGACCGAGUUGUGGAAGCGAUUUGAAGACAACAUUCCAAAACAAGGCACGGCUGAUGAUAAGAACGACACGCAAGCUACUUCUAAGGCUAUUGUUCUCGAGGGGCAACAUGAAGUGCCAGUUCCUCAUAUUACGAGCUCGCCACCUGUCUCUGAGGAUCAACCUCGCCCUUUCAUGGAAGCAUUUGAGGCCGAGCUAGCAGAGAUGCUCAAUGCUUCUGAAUCCUCGAAGGGUAGAGUACCUCAACCUGACUCGCCACCGACUACUGAGCCAUCAGCCAACACAAACUCAGGGCGAUCUCCUCAUCCCGUUGAGAUCUUAGCGGCACAAGUUCUAGACCAGCUGAUCAACGGCGCUACUAUGGUACAAUCUGAGUGGCGGUCAAAAAUGCCUGAGCUACAGCGACAACUACAGAAUGCUCAGAGACAAUUUGAGGCUGCACAGAGAUCUCUGCCUGAGAACGUGGAAUCAUCACUGCGGACACUACUUGCCACUGUUGAGGCUCACCUAAGAACCGCUUUUAAUAAUCUCCCAGAUGGUGGGAGGCAAAUGGCAGAAGAUGCCUUCCAAGCAGGAAGACCUGUCGCUGAGAAUGCCGCCGAUGGUUUUCGUACGAUGGCCUCUGAACUCAACGAAGUCGGAAGAACAUUAUUUGCCGCAUUUGAAUGCGAGUUUGGGCGCGCUAGAUCGACAGCCUCUACGUCUACCUCGACUUCGGAGGUGCCAAACCCUGGUCCACCAGGGCCGUUCUUUAACACUGCUGCAAGCAAUGGAUCUGCGGCUCCUGACACUUUGUAUUCCCAAACCCCAGGCGCACAACCUUCAAGCACAGCCACAGACGAGAAAUCAACAGCAGGCCCAGGCCAAUCGAACCCAUCGCACACUACUCAUGCAGGAAUACCCCCCUUCCAAAGUCAUCAUAGUCGUCAACCUAUACCCGCUCAUCCAAAUCAUUGGGCACCUCCCUUGUGGCCUGCUCCAUUUUGGAAUCCAUUCCAAACUUACAACGCACCUCCCCCUCCCUGUCCUCCUCUACCGUCGGCAUCGCUGCCGAAUUUCAAUUCCUGGCCGCAAGGGCCUCCUGCACCUCCGUCUCCUGGGCUCAAUGCCCCGUUGAACGCUAGACAAACAUCACAAGUGAAGUCUGAAGAAUCGAAGAACUUUUCAACAACUAAAUCCUUGUUCAUUGGGAAUGUUGGUUUCAAGGUUACCGACAAGAUGAUACAGGAUGUGUUUGCUGCCAAAGGAUUCCUCGUCAAUGUGGAUCUCCCACUCGAUACCACAUCAGGAAGACAUGCAGGCUUUGGCUACGUUAAUUUCCCUUCGGAAUACCCAGCUCUGGCUGCAAUAGAGGCAUUGCAAGGUGCUGUCAUUGACGGUCACUCGAUAAACCUGGAGCCUAUGUAUCAUCCCGCCAUCGAAAGUGUGCGUCCGGUGCAGAUUUCAUCGAAUGCCACUACAACCGCACACGAUACUCAGAAAAACGGCCCUCGGGCUAAUAUGAGCCGUGUAAACAACACUCGCUCUGAACGAAACAGUACCACAUUGGGACCCUCUGCGUCCCCGCUUGCUGUCCAGUCACAAAAGACUCCAUCCCAAGCUGACAAAACGGAUAAUCGCAGAAAAUCUGUCAGCUUCGUAGACCUCACGCAAGAUACUGAUCCUGGUCCACCCCAGACAGAAUCAUCCGCACUACUUGACUCUCCGAGCGACGACCCUGCAUUCAGCGCACGUUUUCCCUCGCUUUUACCCGAGACAAGUGCACAGCUGAGCGGCCGGGGUGUUCCCUCGUAUUCUAACACUGAGUCUCGUUUCCCACCCGUGUCUCAAUGGGAGGCCCAGCUUCUUGCAAAUCGGCAGGAAGACCGUGAAACAGAGCCUAUGACUGGUGUUUUGCAUAGUCAAUCGCCAAAGAGCCCCGAACACCGCGAGGGACUCUCCACUCACAUUUUACCCCUGCAUCCUACCCCGAAGGGGUUUGAUCAAUCUCAACCAGCUUCCGGUGCCAACAAGGCUGUACGCCCAGUGGUAGGUCUCAAUGACCCCCACCCUGCGGCCAAAUUGAAGCGCCGAGCCACUGAGCACAAAACUUUUAAGCCAAAUCAUUUACACGCUGCAAAGACUGGCCAUCAUCAUCACCUCAAGCAUUCCACAAGUAUGCGUCCUGGGGAUAGAUCGAAUGGUCCUACUGAGACAGACACAUGGGCACGUCUGUCUAGGCGAGAACGAAAUGCUGUAUCUUCUCACGAACAACUUCCCGGAAGCUUCCCAGUGGAAGAUACCACGGCGGAAGUUACGGCGAGAGCCCGUCUUUCUAGUACACUUGAUGCCAGCAUUCCUGAGACUGAUAAUGCGGCGAUCGAACGGUGUGUUUCUGCUCUUAUCGACAUGGGAUACGGGGCUGGGCAGGAGGGCGGACGGUCGAGAAUGGCUGUGUAUGCGGCUAUGGUAGAUGGUGUCCUCAUGGAUGCGAUUGAUAUGAUUGAAGAGGAAAGACAGGUUUAUGAACGGCGGCCUUCGCAGUGA